GAGGAAGAGGCGGAAGAUGAACGACCACGUACUUUCACACGAACGAUUGCGUUAUCGCCUUCGGAACUGUGCAAUCAUGGAGAAUUGGAGCAUGGCAUCGUGACAAGACGAACUGGUCGCUCCGCCGUCAACAACCACAUGUUGUUCCGUCAAUGACUGUGCCAUCGUUAUAGACAAGGCUGAGACGCAAGACGGGAUCCAUUGGCAGAGGAAAACUGUUGGCCGCCAGGCAACGAGGCAGUUGUGAUUGAGAUGGUGAUGGAUGCAUGGGUGGGUGAGGGAUGGACACGAUGGAGAAGAGAUCACAGCUGGGUCUCUGAAGCUUGGGCGCGGUUUGGGCUCUGAUUUGGCGGCGGGGUAAAGCCCAAACACGCAUCUCAAGCAUCCCAUUCGACCCUCGACUCCCUCGACGGGUUGCGCCGUUAUUGGAAGAACAACUUCCCCCCGAACCCACUCUCCUCUAUCAAAAUCAAUUGCGACAAUACGCGAGCCGCUCACGAGGGAGUGUCGGCUUCUUUCUUCUGCAUGAUAUGCGAAGGAACAAUCUCUGCAAUCUGCGCGUGCUGCAGGGGGAACCGGAGCUGUGCUGGCCUGCUCGAAUCGUCGACGCGUAUGAUCAUGACGCUCCAUUUAAUCUUGCGCAGCAUGAACCAGCAGCACCAAGACCUGGCCAGCUAAGCCUGAAAGACACUGGGACGCUGCAGGAGACAGGAUUUUGGCCAUUCACCACAGCUUGCAGCUCCAUUCCAACCACUACCAUCUCGACGCCCGCAUCCACCACCCGCUCUAGCUUUGUAUGCUGCAGCUGCGCACGCCGAACAACUCGUGAGUGAAUCUCCCAUGACCCAGAAUCAACCUGCACGCUGCUGCCUCCGGACGGAACCUUACCUCAGACAUCCCUCAGAUCCCAAACCCUCCUCCAUGGCCGCAACCGGCCACUCACAGCGCGCCGUUGCAUGUCUUGCAGCUGCGGCCUACGUUGGCCUAUCCGCACCUCCUGAUCAUCUGCCAGUGUCCUGUGCUCAGUGGCUCUUCGUAAAUGGCUGAUCGGUUCUUCUGCGCCUCGAACGAGCAAGGCCAGGAAUUUUUGUUCUCACUUCUUGCGCUGAGAGCGACCAAUCUGUCGCUCAGAAGAGCCCCCCAGAAGACAAUAUCCGGCCGACUCUCUACCUUUCUUUUUCGUCCAAGACGUCGAGUCUACCAUAUAAUUCGCGGGUCCCCCCGCUACUGGUGAACGAACCUGCUGGUGCCAUAUGCCGGCCGCUACUCGCUUGAUCUCAGUCACAUGCAGCCCGUCCACUUCAACAGCCGGUUUGCGCUGCUCGAUCUCCUCUCCCGAUGUCAAAUUUGUUUGAUGCGCAAUGGUCAAAUACGGAGAAAAUCACUUUGUUGACCAAUAUCCUUGAAGGCGCAGGGUGGGACGUUCCUGGGUAUUUGCUUCAGAGCAUAAUUGGCAACCAUAUACAACCGCGAUGGAACGAUAUCGCUCUGCCGUCAGGUCGCUCGCUGAAUGCUUGCCAAAAGAUCUACGAGGACAUGUUGCGCGGUUCCCGAGCUCGAUCCUUUCCGUCUGGCAUGGGUCUUCCGACCUAUACCCCUCAAUUGUUCGAACCUCACAUAGCACAAGGAAGAGCGGUAUCUGCACAAGAACCCCAGCCACCGAUUCAUCGCAACAUCCAACCUCGUCCUCCGCGGUCUACAGAAUCGCCCAUGCCUCCUACCACAAACGGCGACGGAUUCACCAUUCUGCGGCCCUUUGCGCCUGAGAUCCCAAUGGAGCGGCGCAGGAAGCGCGGUCGCCCGACGAAGGAAGAGGCCGAAGAACGCGACAGGAGACUUGCAGCUGUCGGCCAGACUUACGAGCCGAAAAAGCGCCCGGCAAAGAAGCCUCGACCCUCUGAAACUCCCGGUUCCCUAUCAGAGCCACUUCUAGGGACGUCACCGAGUCUGCAGACUCCCAUCGCGCAGCGUGUCGAGGCCAAAGACGAGUCAUCUAGCGGCAAGCGAAGGUCAAGACGUCGAGGCGAAGAACCGUCUUCUUCUCAGCACCCGCCGCCUAGAUCAUCUCCUGAGGAUUCUGGUGGCGAACGAAGCACCGAUGCUGCCCAGAGUCCUUCGGAUAGAUUGCUGCUGCAAAGGUCAGGCGAACGCGCCCAGGCCCUAUCCGCUAUGGCUCGCGACAUUCAGCAAGAGCAAAGUCCAGGUCUUGAGCAACAGUCAGGACCGCAACCGGAAGGUCCGCACUCUAGACCACCGUCGCUCUGACUGCGACUUGGAACCAGGCUGCGACUCCGUCCCCCAUACCAGAAGCUCAAUGCAUUCCUCCGCCUUUAGCGCAACGAUUCCCUCUACGAGCUACGACUAUAGAAAACAACAUAACUACACGAUACCCAUAGUUACGACCGACACAGACCAACGGGUGGCUGAUAAUCUAUGGCGUCUUGCAAUUUGUCUUCAUUUCUGUCGCAGAUGGAGUUAACAACUACUCAUGAACGACUUAAUCGCAUAAUGGCAGCCUCGGCCAAGCACAUGAGCACCAAAAUCUCUAUUAUUAUAUGUAUGUAUUUCUAAUUUCUGGAUCGAGACGAGCCAUGAACUGCAGGCCAGAGCAGGUCUCUCGAUCAUUGAAUCUACUACUGGGAAAAGGACGGUUGUUUUUGCACGGCGCAGCUUAGGGGGGACGACGAAGUAUACGAGGCACCGUCGUUGGCUUGUUGAUCUUCAUUUGUGGGAGGAUCAUAUCAAAAAGCAGGAAACGACACCAAGGAUAUGAUAUUUUGCCACUGGUGACGGCGUUCUAUUUCGACACAAUCCUAGAUGCAAGGCCGGGCCUAGGGGAUAAUUGCUGGUUGUUACGACUUCUUCCACCCUUUUCAACUUGUGGCAUACUAGAGAUGAUCCGACUGGAUCACGAUUUGACCGAAGCAGUACUUACUCCGUGAAGGCUUGAGGAAGAUACACAUGUCCUCUACCUACUACUAGUGUUUGGGUAUACAAAUUCACUUGUUACAGGCGCGUCUCGAGGGACGACUGCCACAUUAUUCUAAAUCACGACGGAGUAUUGUGUCUUCUGCUUCCCGUUCCAAUUUGUGGGGAGCGAUCUUUGAUCGCUGUGGGAUUGUCUGCACACUGGUGAAUGCUGCUUUCGACCACGCCCAAAGCUUUUGAGAAACCAUGGUCACUCCUCCAUCCCAGCCCUCGGGACCAAAUUGCACGCUGUGGCU